AGCCUCGGUUUUAUAAAAGUUGAUUAACACUGACUCGAUCACUACUUCGUUUCCAGACUCCUGACGAGUUUAUCCUCCGGGUGAGACGGAGCAAAAUCAACGCACUCACUGCAAACCUGCACAACAGAAGGCAACAGCUGCUCUAAGUUCAAGAUGGACAGGAAGCAGUUUUGUGUGAAUCUGUCGGUCCAGCCGACCAGAGGGCUCGUGGAUGAGAAGUUUAUCGUCACGGUCCAGAAUGUCCCGUCUGGUUUCCAGCUGACCGUCCACGCCCUCCAUCAUUGUGAAGAUGGAAACACCUGGGAGGCGUUCGGCCACUACACCGCCAAUGCCAUUGGGACUGUGAAAAUUUCAGAGGAUCCCAGUCUGGGCGGGACAUAUUCUGGGGUUGAACCGAUGGGUCUACUGUGGAGCCUCAGACCAUUUCCAGGCAGCAAACCUGGGCUCAGGUUGAGGAAGGUGAACGUCCAGACUCCCAUGGAGGUCACAAUCUCAGUGUACCAGGGUCACCAGACUGAGGGCUUUAUGGAUCAGGUGCCGCUGGCCAGUGUGGUGGUGGAGCGCUGGUACAUGGCGCCCGGCGUCCGCAGAAUCCCCAUCACAGAAGGCGGACUCACUGCGACCCUCUUCCUGCCCUCAGGACCAGGACCUUUCCCGGGCCUCCUGGACUUGUGGGGGGGUGGAGGGAAGUUGGUGGAGUACCGUGCAGCGCUGCUGGCCUCACAUGGAUUCGCCUCCCUGGCCCUCGACUACCUGACACCUAAAAUCACCAUGGAAACUGGGAAGAUGGUGGACAACCAGUACUUUGAGACGGCUUAUAGAGUCCUGGAGCAGCAUCCUCAGGUCCUCAGCAGCAGGAUCGCCAUGAUGGGUCUUUCCUUUGGCACCAGUAUCACCUUAAAAAUGGCUGCAUACUCUCAAGUUAUAAAGCUCAGGUGUGCUGUGUGUAUCAGUGGGAGUCAUGUGCAGCCGAUUGACGGCUCUGUGGAACAGAUGAUGACUUACUUUAAAGAAAACGCUGGGAAGACUCGCAUCAAUGAGGAGAAUGAGAUGAUCUGGCGAGAUCUGCUGCUGCCCAUUCCCACCGACCCCACACUCAAAGUGGACGUGGGACGACUCCAGUGUCCUCUGUUGCUGGUUGUUGGUGAGGACGAUCAGAACUGGCCCACCUACGAGUCUGCACAGGACAUUAGGAAGAUGAUGGAGAGUGCGGGCAAUAGCCACCUGCUGACUCUCCUGUCGUACCCCAACACUGGCCAUCUGAUUGAACCUCCGUACACGCCGCACUUCCGAGCCAGCGCCUUCAGAUCAGUUGACAUACGUGAGAAAGUUAUGGCUCUGUGGGGCGGAGAGACGGUGGCACAUUCUCGUGCUCAGGAAGACGCCUGGAGGAAGACGCUGGUCUUUCUGAGGGAGAAUCUGUAUGGCGGCACAAACCCUGGUGCAGCAUCAUUUUCCCACCUGUAACCAAAGCAACAACUAAUGAUUAAAAACUCCUACAGCUUGAUGGCUGGACAUUUCCUGGUUGAAUCAUUAGUACAAAAGAUGACUAUCUAUUACUAAUAAUAAAGUAAACAUAUAUAGCACUUAACAAAACCAGAUAUUACAAAGUGCUUUUAAAGGAGAAAAAAACUUACAUAUGUAUAUCAUAUGUAUUAUAAAUGCACACAUGCAGACAAAUGUACCAUUUUAAAUAAGAUUAUUAAAACUUCUUUCAAUAAAAAAAUAUGUAUUCAGAAUUGAUUUCAAAAGAAGAUAUUGAUUUCGCAAGUCUGAUUUUGUGAGGUAGUUUGUUUCAGUUGAGGUGCCCUAACAGCUUAAGCUCAGUUUCCUAUAGUCUUAUACUUUGAUAUGGGAAGCACUAAAAGAUUCCUCAGGGCCCACACAGGCUUCUGUAUGCUGGACCACUGGCCGUCCGGGACCUCUGUCUCUAGCCUGGCUUUUGAUGCCUCAUUCCAGAUGUUUGGAUUAAGAUCUUUUUCCUCCAUGAGAUUCUGCCUCUCCUGUUGUCUCUUUUCUUUUGUCUUAUCUGUAUGAAUAAUGUUCUUUCAGCUAAGCUCUUGUGUGUUUGUGCAGUUUUCCCUGUCAAAGGUUUAUUUGGGGAGGUUUUUCUUAUGUGAAUCGAAGGUCUAAGGACAGAGGAUGUUGUAUGCCAUACAGAUUGUAAAGCCCCUUGAGUCAUAUUUUUUAACUGUGAUAUGGGGAUAUGUAAAUAAAAACUACCUUGACACAGUAAUACAGAGAUGUAGCCUGGGGCCGGGCUAUUAAGUGCUUUUAAAAUAAGAACAUUGUAGUGUUGAUUCUGUAAUAAACUGAGUGAUAUAA